AUGUAUAUUCAUAAUGGAGUACUACAGAUUUGGAUGGAGAUUGAUAAGCUUGAAGCGGAGGCGAAAGCCACAGCAGCAAAACAUGUCGCCAACAUGCUGCAACGACCCGAUCAGCUGGAGAAGGUUGACCAGUACAAGCGUCGCGUCGCACGGAAGAAGGGAUCGGUGGAAGCCAUGUUGAAGACUGCCAUGCAGUCACAGCUUGAUGGUGUCAGGACAGGACUCAGUCAGCUGCAGACUUCAUUGCAUGACAUGAAAGACAUCAGGAAUGCGUUGGAGCAGGUUGAGGACGCGUACACGUCCGUCGCACACCUCUCGCGGGAGCUGGAGGAACUGCGCACGGAGAGCGUCAAGCACACGCAGUACGCAGCAGCCGUCGACAAUGUGAAGCACAUCGUCAACGUUCCGGAGAACGUGGAGCGCGCACGCGCCGCCAUCGACGACGGAAACCUGCUCCUCGCUCACAAGGUGAUCGGAGACCUGGAGUUCUCGCGUAACGGUCUUCUCUACGAGCUUCACAAGCAGCAGGUUGACAGCCCGACCGACCGCAACUUCAUCAAGCAAUACUUCGCCGACGUGGACACGCUCAGCGAUGAACUUGGCAAGCAGCUGUGGAUGGUGGUCGCGCGCACGCUUGCGUACGUGCGUAAGGAGCCGACGACUCUUGUCACCGCGCUGCGCAUCGUUGAACGCGAGGAGAUGAAAGACGAGUUCUACCUGCAGCGCGAGCACCAGAGCGCGUUCGCCGCGCCGGGCCGCCCGAAGCGGUGGCGCCACCGCUGCUUUGCGGUGCUCGAGGAAGUCAUCGCGACGAAGCUGGAGGCGAAUCAGAUGGAUAAUCGCGGCGAUCAUAAGAUGUGGCUGGUACGCCAUCUGGAGGUGACGCGACAACUGCUGCUGGAGGACCUGCAGGUGGUGAAGACGCUCUGCGAGCCGUGCUUCCCGCCGCACUAUGACAUCGUCAACCGGCUCGUGAAGCUCUACCACGACUGCCUGUGCACGCGCCUCGGCGACCUCGUCCGAGACGAACUCGAUGGCAACGAGAUCGUCACGCUGCUCAACUGGGCGAACGCGUACGCCGGCGCGGAACUCAUGCGUCACCCGACGCUGAUGCUCGACCCGGCGACACUCGGACCGCUGCUGGAGCCGGCAGUCGUGACGGCGCUCGCCGACAAGUACGUCGCGACGCUGGGAGCGAACAUCGAUGAUUGGCGCGCGAACACGCUGCGCGCCGAGACGAAGGACUGGAAUCGCGAUGCGGAGCCCGAGGCGGAUGCGCAGGGAUACUUCCAGACUCCCAUGCCGAUCAUCUUGUUCCAGAUGAUCGAGCAGCACCUGCAGGUCGUGGCUGAGAUUGGGGAGGAGAUGGUGGCGCGCGUUCUCGCUCUGUGCAUCGAGAAGGUGACCGAGUUUGCGCGCAUGUACCGGGAGGCGGUGGAGCCAUACAAGCGUCACCAUGACGACGGUCGCCGUAGCGCCCCCGUUGACAGCACGAACCCGUUCCUACAGCAGCCGCAGCAGCCUGAGCAGACGACCCCCUACUACAUACAGUACAUCAUCGCCAUCGUCAACAACUGCGACGCGUUCUGCGAGCUCGCGCUCAAGCUGGGUCGGCGCUACGCGACGCCGCCGCCAGGGGGCGCCAGCGACGGCAUCGCGCGGCUCGUCGAGUCGUUCGAGGCGACGCUCGCCGCCUGCUCUCGCCAUCUGGAGGACGAAGUCUUCCUGGACGUCGACACUCAUGUUCAGCAGCUCAUGUCGAAGCAGUGGCUGUCUGCGGUGGAUGCCAUCGACACGAUCUGCGUCACGGUGGAGGACUACAGCACAGACUUUGUUCACCUGAAGCCGCGACGGCUACGCUCGGUCAUGCGCGCGAUCGAACGCCGCCUCGUCAUCGAGUAUCUCAAGGCCGCGAUGCAGCGCAAGAUCGCGUUGAAGUCGUACGAGGAGCGGCGGCACGCCGCGGACAAGAUGGCGCGCGAGGCCGACCAGAUUGAGCGUCUGUUUGAGCGUCUGGCUGCGGGCGGGGACGAGGGAGAGAGGUCACCGUGCGACGCGCUGCGGCAGGUCAGCGAGCUUCUCGCGCUCAGGGACACGUCGAUGCUUUCGCUCGAGAUCCACGGCCUCGUCAAGAACUACCCGGACAUCAGCGUCGAUCACAUGGUCGCAGUGCUGUCGCUGCGCGGCGACACGGGAAAGUCGGAGGUCAGGCAGAUGGUCGCUGACCUCAUGCCCAUUGUCGAGCCGACGGCGUCUCCUCGGACAAUAUUUUCGGACGUGCCGUCGCCGCAGAGCCUUCUAGAUAAACUCAAGAAUGUGACGUCAGAUAGCAGUGUGUGAAUGAGGGGGUGUGCCCUUACAGCCGUGGGAAAUCAUAAUAGAAAUCGAUCUUAAUCAAUAAUCAUAACCCAAUAAUCAAUAAUCAGAAUCAGAAUGUGACGUCAGAUAGUAGCAUGUGAAUGAGGGGGUGUGCCCUUACAGCAGUGGGAAAUCAUAAUAGAAAUCGAUCUUAAUCAAUAAUCAUAACCCAAUAAUCAAUAAUCGUAAUCAUAAUCAGAAUGUGACGUCAGAUAGCAGCAUGUGAAUGAGGGGGUGUGCCCUUACAGCAGUGGGAAAUCAUAAUAGAGGGCCUGCUUGUUAUAGCAUGUAACCAUAGACAGCAUGUAACUAUAUAUUACAGUUGUAACUAGAUUACAUGCAACAAAUUACAUAUGGAUAAAUGAUAAAUUACUAUGACAUAUGAUAUCAAUAUAUAAUACUGAUUAUUUAAUCUUUUUGUGUGUAUAUAUACUUGAUAUACGGUUUCCCUAAGAAUUACAGGGUCCCCACAGCCCUUGAAUGUCCUUGAAUUUUGUCCUUUGUCCUUGAAAGUCCUGAAUUUUUCCUUUUGUCAUUGAAAGUCAUUGGAAAUAGGUCCAAGUCCUUAUUUUAUGUCAAAUGUCCUGGAAUUUACAUUUUUGACCUAAAAUAAAAAGUAAAUCUUUAUUGCUGGUUAUCUGACUGACCCUAUUCCAAAUCUUCGAUAAAAAUGUUAAAUUUAAUCCAAAAUUCACAUGUCAUUGUCUACUAAUGUACUCUAACAAAGUAAGUAGUUUGUUUUGUCCCUAAUUUUUACGUGCAGGUGGUGUAGGGGUCUGGACUAUAAGUUCAUCAUUUUAAUAUUUAUUUAUUACUCGGUGUUCAUAUUUUGCUACACAAUUGUGUCAAUUUCUAUGUAGGAAAAUACACACUGAGUACUAAAUGAAAAAUUGUUAUAAUAGUCAGUAUAUAUAUAGUUAAGAUCCCUACUCAUGCCACCCAUGACUAAAAAAAGGGAAAACAAACUAGUUUUAGCAGAUACUGUUCUGUGAAUUUUGGAUUAAAUUUAAAUAUUAUUUGUUAUUAUUUGUAAAGAUGUCCUUCAAAUGUCCUUGAAGUCUUUGAAAAAUAAUUCACACUUGUGAGAACCAUAUGUACUGAGUACCUAGCAGUAAUAACAUACCAUGUAGAAUCAACCAUCACGAAAAACCAAUAAAAAACCAAUAAUACAUUUUCAUUCAA